AUGCUGUCCGCCUAUCUUGCAAGUUUUCUGUCAGUCGCUACGCUCGCACUCGCCGUAAACGCCUUCCCUUCUUCUGAUAUAUGGCGAUCCUUGAACUUUACUCUCGGCGGCAAACUACUGUUCGGAGAACCAUUUGCGAAACCUUGUUGGGAUUCUGAUGCCAAUUCCGAAGCAACAUGUGCUCUUAUUCAAGCCCAGUAUUCAAACGAAACGUAUCGAAGCAUGACAUCAGGAGGCUACGUCAAUCCUGAGUGGGAGACCUGCAUCACUUCAGGGGACCAGUGUUUACUCGAUUAUACGGAUCCAACGAACGUCGAACCUCUUCGCUCUACCAAAUGUAAACGCGGCAGCGUUCCGGCUUAUUUUAUAGACGUUCACGACACAAGGGAUAUACUGACAGGCCUUUCUUUCGCCAAAAGGCACAAAAUUUCACUCGUGGUAAAAAAUACUGGUCAUGACUAUCUCGGACGAAGCAGUGCGCCAGGCUCUUUAGCUCUGUGGAUACAUCGAUUCAGAGAUAUGUCAUAUACGCCUGCAUUCAUACCUGAAGGAUGCUCAUCCCAAGAUUCCAGUCCUGGUGUUACCGUAGGAGCAAGCGUACAAUGGUUUGAAGCUUAUGCAUUUGCUGAAGCAAACAAUAUCACUGUCGUUGGGGGUACAGAUCCUUCCGUCGGUGUAGCAGGAGGAUGGUUGCAGGGAGGUGGCCACAGCGUGCUUUCAAAUACGAUGGGCCUUGGCGUCGACCGCGUACUUCAAUUCAAGGUGAUCACGCCAGAUGGUGUCCUCAGGGUAGCUAACCAGUGUCAAAAUACGGACCUAUUUUUUGCACUUCGUGGAGGUGGUGGAGGAACGUUUGGCAUUGUCAUUGAAAGCACCAUUCUUGCAUCCCCUCAAGUGACAAUACAAGCCGCUUUUGUUGGCUAUGCAAAUCUAAACGCAACCAUGCAGAAGCAGGUAGUGGCGACUCAGGUGGAAAAUGCCGUCCAAUGGGCCGAAGCUGGCUGGGGAGGUGCAUCAACUCCUAGUGGUGCCGUCUUCGUCAAUCCGAAAGCGGACGAAGAAACUGCGGCGCGCACCAUGGCACCUCUCAUCAACUUUGUGGAUUCUCUCGUUGAUGAUGGUGCUACAGGUGCAUCAAUUACUCUGACUACGUUUCAAAGCUUCGCCUCUUUUUAUGCAGCAUUUCUUCCAUUUGUUAUAUCGCCUGUUGGGGUGCCCUUGGCGCUGUCCUCCCGACUUAUAAACAAGGCGAAUUUCGAAUCCGCAGAGAACCGAUCUGCACUAGUCGACGCGAUCUUUGACGCCCAAAACGCGAUUGAUACCCUACUCAUUCAGUCCACAACACCGGCCUCUGUCAAAGGCAGCGGGACCAGUGUAACUGGCAAAUGGCGAGAAAGCUUAUAUCACGUAACGGUGGUCUCUAAAUGGAACUGGAAUGCUACCAAGGCGACCAGAUUAAGCCAGUUUACCCGAGUUGAAAACGCGAUGUCCGGUUUACGCGCCCUGACACCCGACGCAGCUUAUUUCAAUGAAGCAUCUAUUCAUGAACCCAACUACAAGAUUUCGUUCUGGGGAGAUAAUUAUCCUAGAUUGCUUGAAAUCAAGAAUCGAUACGACCCCGAGCGUAUUCUAAACUGCUGGAAUUGUGUUGGCUUCGAUUCACAUUCGUCACAAUUCAGUUGUUAUCCUUAA